AUGCCUACGUUCGUGAGUUUAACAGAAAAAAUCAUCAUAAGCCCAUAUAUUCAUUCAUCUGGCCAAUUGAUAUUCCCUACAAGGACCAUUGAUUCCCAAUUUCAUCAGGUUGCACGUCAAGUAGAAAAAAGGGGAAAAACCUUGUUCCGCCUCCACAGUGCGGCGGCAGAUUUGGAGCCUGAGCUCUUCGAUCUGGUUGAUUUGGAGGUCCGGUUGUUGUAUCUUGGAGAUCCAAGCUCGACCUGGAUGUUAACUGAGGUUAACCAGAAUGCGGGUGAUCAAGUGCCGGUAGUCGACAUUCCAUUUGAGAAAAGCAAACGUGUAAAAAAAGGACCAGUUAUUUGUAAGUCAUGCCCUUCCGACACCGAUUUUUGGGACACGAUACGUUUUGAUGUAACUGAUGAUUUAUUUGUAAGUGCCGAUGUGGUCUGUUGUUCUUCAAUACUUGAUGCUGCUAAUGACAUGGCUUCGGCAGCUUUCCUUGCAAAAUCCAUAAAAUUCAUUGAGUUUGAAGCCCCAUAG